AUGGCCAUGAUGAAGCGACGACGUGAGAAGGAAACUAGUGCACAAGUGGAUGCAGCGGAUGAAUUCAAGAAACAAAAACUAGCAACAGCUGGUGGCAAUAAGUAUGUUAACAAACAGCGCGUGCUCGUUUUCUCAUCGCGCGGGAUUACGACCCGCUAUCGUCAUCUCCUGGACGACUUUCGCAAGCUACUACCGCAUCAUAAGCGUGAAGUAAAGCUUGAUACUAAGGACACAUUGCAUGUGGUCAAUGAGAUUGCAGAGAUUAAAGGUUGCAAUACGACCAUCUUCCUUGAGGCUCGUAAGCGUCAGGAUCUUUACAUGUGGGUCAGUCGCAUCGGGACGGGUCCAAGCGUCAAGUUUCUCGUGCAGAACGUGCAUACCAUGGAUGAGCUCAAGAUGACGGGCAAUGCGCUUGCUGGCUCGCGACCACUACUGACGUUUGAUAAGGCUUUUAACGAGAUGCCACAUCUUCAGGUGAUUAAGAAACUAUUCACACAAGUAUGGGGUACACCGAAAGCACAUCCAAAGAGUAAACCGUUUAUUGACCGGGUCAUGAGCUUUUACUACGCUGACGGCAAAGUCUGGUGUCGUAACUAUCAAUUAGCAGACGAUGCCGACACAAAGAAGGCAGAGCUAGCGGCUUUGCAUCGUGGUGAGGACCUCGUCCAGCUCAUUGAGAUCGGUCCACGUUUUGUCAUUACUCCAGUUCGCAUCUUUGAUGGCAGUUUUGGUGGUCAGACACUGUACCAGAAUGAGCACUACGUGUCUCCGAACGAAACUCGUCGUGAUGUGAAGGCUGACAAGCGUGAUCGCUAUGUGUCUCGUAAGACGGCAGAAAAUGAACGCAUGGAUCGACUACCUGAUCGUAAAUUGCCGGAAGAUCAAUUUGCCGAUGUCUUUGCUGGUACAAAGCAAUAG